UGGAUGUGGCAACCCUGCUUGCGUUAUACGUGUUUAUCUGAAGCAUGUCGUGGAGGUGCAGUGUCCCUGGAUGUGGGAAACGCAAACAGGCCAAAGUUAAAGGCGUCGUUUUUCACCGUUUCCCUGAAAAAGACUUGGAGCUUUGCAGUAAAUGGUUAGCGGCUAUCGGGAAGGUUGUAAACAAAACGGAGAAGAAAUACGCGUAUUUACGAGUGUGUAGCCAACAUUUCAGACCUGACGACUAUGAGAGGGAUUUAAAGGCUGAAUUACUGGGAUGUCCACCAAAAAAGGUUUUAAAGAAAACAGCAAUUCCGACUUUAUUCCAGACAAAACGCAAGCCGGGUAGAAGACCUUCUCAGAUCCAUAUUAAAAGUCAACCUGAGGGGUUUUCUGGAAAAGAAAAUGCACCUGCUUCAGUCACAACAUGUUCUGAGGUGGAAGAGAGCUCAUGGAUUAAAGCGGUCAAAAGCCUUCAGACUCCUCAAGGAUGUAACAUUUUUAGGAGCAAUGAGGUGAUUGUGAACACACAGUGUUUGCUGGAUCUCUUCCAGUUCUGCUGGCUUUGUCAUAAAGAGUGCUGUAUUACCAUUGAGGGCAAUGAGAGGCUGUUUUCAGUCACACAAGACUGUCAGAGCUGCAGCUACCACAGAGACUGGAGGAGUCACCCGCCUUCAGCUGAACCUACUCAGAUCAUUCAUACUGAGAUAGAACAUUCACUGAAGCAUGAAGACGACGAGGAGGUUGUGGUUCAGAUUGUGUCAUCUGAUAAUGAGUGCAGUGAGCAGGUGUUUAUCGAAAAGGAUGGGUCAUAUUUACGUAGUGAUGAUGACGAAGCAAGUCUGCAGGAAGAAGAUGUGAGAAAGAAAAGAAAGAGAAAGUUUAAUAGUAAAGACAGCUCUGAUGAGUGGGAGCCAUGUUUAGACGAAGAAGCCACAGACUCUGAUGUGACCAUGGAUGAAGACAUGUUCACAGCUUUAAAGGAGGAAGGUCAGGGUAAACUUGUGGUGUGGUGUACACAAUGUGGGACCGAGGCCUCGCUCUCUUGUUCUGUCCUUCGACACAAGAAAGUCUUCUGCUGUGCUCAGUGCAGUGCAGGUGACGACAUUCAAACGCAUCGUAUCGAAACGCUUCCUGUUCGGUUUGAUGACGUCGCCAGUUUUCAGAAACAUGCCGAACAGGAGCACGGCUCCAAACCGUUCUACAAACUGUGUCAGGACUGUGGUAAGUUUGUCAUAGCAAACCCUGAAUCCAGAGGUUUAAAAAAACAUAAAUGUGAACACAAGUCUAAAUUCUUCAUCUGUCCAGAGUGCGGAAAAAGAUUCCUCACCGAAGUUGGCUUAAAGUCGCACCACACGCAGCUCCAUUCGGAUUAUGAUCACCCGUGUAAAUACUGUCUAAAGGUUUUCAAAACCAGAUCGGCAAAACUGGACCAUGAGCAGACUCAUCCUAAGGAAAAUCAACCGUACAGCUGUCCAGAUUGUCCAGAGAAGUUUAGCAGCAUUCACAAACGCAAUAACCACGUCUCAUCCCACAGAGGGCCACAUAAAUAUGCGUGUGAUGUCUGUGUGAAAGGCUUUAAGGAUAUUAACCAUCUGAGAAGGCAUGAACUUAUCCAUUCUGGAGAAAAGCCUUUCAAAUGCCAAACAUGUGAGCGUUCCUUUAACCAAAUGGACAACCUCACUUCUCACAUGCGUGUCCACACUGGGGAGAAACCUUUCACAUGUGAGCAGUGCGGAGUGUCGUUCAGUCACAACGUCAGCCUGAAGAACCACAAGUUGAGACGCCAUGAAUCUGGUUUGACUCAGGAAGUGGAAAUGAUAAAUGAUCUAGAAUAAGAUGUUUAUAAUAAAAGUCUAUUGAGGGUGCAUAUAUUAAGCAUGUAAUAAAUAAUAUUUUGCCUUUAACUCAGUUGUACUUUCUCUCUUGUGCCUGCACAAUAAACACAAAUUACAGAACCA